AUGUUAGUGGGUGUUACGGUGGUCGGGCCUGCGUUGGGCGUCAAUUGUCGCGAUACGGACAAGAACGAAGAAGGAGAAGCGCAAACGAUCCACCCCAACAAGGAACAGCUGUCCCGUCGCCACGCCAUAAUCCCAGCGCCGCCCGAGGAACAUCAAUCCUCGGCUACCGAUGGGUGUUGCUCGAAGGACAAUGUCAUCAUCGUGCCUCACGUCAAGAUUUCGCCAAAUGAGUCCCAUCUCUACAAUAGAGCCAUCAGUUCUGGGGGCGGGAUGCUGGCUGACCUCCAACGUGCCACCAUUGCCGCCCAGGCUUUCUACGCCGAAAACAGCAACGAGCACGCAAAGACGCGAUCAACCUGGAUUCUCAAAAGAUUGUAUGAAUGGUCCCAUCGCGCCAAAAGACGCGAGAUCAUCAAACACGUGCAGUCGGCCCUCGGCGCGAGUGUUGAGCAUGAAUUUGAGGAUGAGCAGCUCGAAAAACUGCUGGGAGUCACCUGGGAUGAACUGUUCGAGCGUCCGGAAGGCAUCCCGAAGCAUCAAUACAAAUAUCUACAGGCUGUCUGGGAGCUUUUCCACUCGGAACUCAAAUUUCUGCAUCGUCAGCUGUUGGUGUUGAGAAAUGUCUACAAAGAGCCGCUGAAGAAAUGCCAAGUGGAGGGUUGUCUCCUUACCGUGGAGCCUGAUCUUCUAUUUGGAAAUCUGGACCAACUAUGCCGGAUCUCACGCGGCUUCUGCCAAACGUUCCUCUCCCUCCUGCACUCAAAUCCACCCAACGAAGACUACGACUGCACCGAUUUGACUGUACAGCUCUUCGAAAAGUUUUCCAAGGGCCCGUCGACGAUCUCAGCAUAUCAAGCGUAUUGUAUCAACUACCGCGCCACGAUGGAAUAUCUGGGCACAAUUCGCCAGAAGGAGGAGCGAUUCAGCGAGUUCGAGAGGAUCUGUCUAUUGGACGAGCGGUGUUUCCGCCUGCAGCUUGAAGACCUCUUAAUUGCACCGCUUCAAAGAAUCACCAGGCUGCCCAUCCUACUCAAAGAAAUCUACCGGCACACCGCCAGCGACGAGGGGAAGGAGAAGCUCGAAAAAGUGAUCGAGGGCAUGAAUGAGAAUCUACGAUCGAUCGAUGAUUCUGUACAAUGGUUGCACAACUUUGAAAGACUACAACAACUACAGACACAAGUAGUUUGGCCGUCAAUUAUGGAACUCGAGCCCCGAACUUUUGUGCCAGACUUCCUAAAAGUCGCGCUAUCCAGGCAGUUUUGCGAAAACCUGCUGGCCCACCCGAGAAGAAAACUGAUCCACGAAGGGCCCCUCGAAUUAGUUGAAAAUGGGCGAACACUUGAUGUCUACGCCUUCCUCUUCAAUGACAUGUUUUUGUUGACCAAGACGAAAAAGUGCGCCAGUAAGAUAAAGAUGAAAGGGUCUUCGAUUGGCAAGAGUGAGCACUACAUUGUGCAAAAGCAGCCUGUUCCACUCGAUUCUUGCGUGUUCUGUGAUGCCGAUUCGAAUGAAGCAGCUUCAUCCAUGUCGGCUCUUCGAUUCGCAUUCGUCAUCAUUCAUUUGACGCGUUAUUACCAGGUGGUCUCGAUCUCGACACUCCAGGCUUUGGAUAAGCAUGAUAAGGAGCGUUGGAUCGAGAAAUUCCAAGAAUCGAUCGAAAACUACGAGUCGAUUCAGCUGAAGGAUAUGCUGAAAUGCACGCCGCUCUUCUCGUCGUUAUCGCUUCGACGUUGCUCGAGCUCCCGGCUGAUGCGACGAGACGGCUCGAAGGACGUCGUCGCACCACCUGCAAUACCCGAAGAGAAGAAGGAAAAGCAAACCCCAAAUGAGCACCAGUGU